AUGGGUUUCUUGGGAGUCUACAAGGCCGUAUAUGAUUACGUGCCGCAGGCUGAGGGCGAACUCGCCAUCAGUGAGGGAGAUAUUCUCUAUGUACUGGAAAAGAAUGCCGAAGACGACUGGUGGAAAGCCAAGAAGAAAGCCAGUGGCGACGACGAAGAAGAACCAGAGGGGCUCGUCCCCAAUAACUACGUCCAAGAGGCGCAACCCAUUGGAAAGGCUCGCGCACUGUUCGAAUACACCCGACAGACCGAUGAGGAGCUUUCCUUUCCCGAGGAUGCCGUCCUCGACGUAUACGAUACAUCGGACCCUGAUUGGAUUCUGGUUGGUCUAGAUGGCGAUUUUGGUUUUGUUCCAGCCAAUUACAUUGAGAUGGCCGAAGCCGAAGAGUCUGAGGCUCUACCCUCACCUCCCCCGGCAUUGCCAUCUCGUGCUGUUUCUACCGCUACCGACGCAGACAGCUACUCUGAAAAGCCGGAGACUACCUACUCACCCGCCAGCUCCCAGGCCAACAAUCCCGCAGCAGCUCUAGCAGGCGUCAUGGGCGGCCGUUCUGCCCCACCUCCACGCGCUGCGACCCCUCCGAUGUCACCGCAGUCUCCUGCCUCGGAGCCGUCGGAUGAUGAGCCGAUCAAAAGCCCAGCUCUUCCUACGAGACCGGCUUCUCAAGCUGCGCCUGCACGUAUCCAGUCCCAGAGGUCAAUAGACACUCACCUAUACGAUAGCUCGGAAGUAGUCGAAGAACCACCCUAUCGUGCCCCUGGCGGUUUCCACAUGUACAACAUUAACGAGAUGGUGUCCGUAAUGGGCAAGCGGAAGAAGAUGCCCACUACCCUGGGUAUUAACUUGGCAACGGGCAACAUCCUGAUCGCCCCUGAACGUGCCUCGGACGGUCCAUCUCAGGAAUGGACAGCAGAUAAAAUGACACACUACUCUCGAGAGGGAAAACAUGUCUUCAUGGAGCUUGUGAGGCCAAGCAAGAGUGUAGAUUUCCACGCUGGCGCCAAAGAUACGGCUGAAGAAAUCGUAGGCGCACUCGGUGAGCUAGCGGGGGCUGUCAAGGCUGAGGGGUUGCGCGAGGUCAUCUUGGCAGGUUCUGGAAAGGCCCAGAAGAAGGGCCAAGUACUCUACGAUUUCAUGGCUCAGGGAGAUGACGAGGUGACCGUCGCUGUCGGUGACGAUGUCAUAAUUAUCGACGACUCCAAAAGCGAAGAAUGGUGGCAAGUUCGACGCGUCAGGAACGGAAAGGAGGGUGUUGUUCCAAGCAGUUAUAUUGAGGUUACAGGCUCUAUCGCCCCGCCCCCGAGCAAUACCGGUUUAAAUGCGGCGAGGUCGACUGUCGAACAAAACCGGCUGGAAGAAAUCAGGUUGACAAAGGAGGCUGUCAAGGCCGCUCAGCGAGACAGCUCACAGCAGGUAGGGCCGGGAAUGCCUCUACCAAAGCGAGGCAGUAGUCUUAUGGCAAGAGAAACUGGUAAUAACUCUGGGCAGCGGAACAAACAAGAAAACGGACGUGGCGAGGGCGGCAGCCAAGGCCGGUCUGGUAAAUCCAAGCCGGAUCCCGCCAAAGUACGCACGUGGACGGACCGUUCGAAGUCAUUCAGCGUCGAUGCACAAUUUCUAGGACUCAAGGACGGCAAAAUCAACUUGCACAAGAUGAACGGUGUCAAGAUCGCAGUCCCCGUUGCCAAGAUGUCGGUUGAGGAUCUUGAAUAUGUCGAACGUGUCACAGGCAUUUCUUUGGAUGAGGACAAGCCGCUGUCCAACGUCAAGAAGACCAGGGCCUCUCAAGCCGGUGCAGCCAGGGAAUCGCCCCCUGUCGGACUUGGCGCUUCCGUCGGACAACCCCAGAAGCCUGAUUACGAUUGGUUUCAGUUCUUCCUUUCUUGCGAUGUUGCCGUGGGAUUGUGCGAACGGUACGCCCAAGCUUUUGCCAAGGAUUCAAUGGAUGAAAGCGUUCUCCCGGAUGUCGACGCCUCGGUGCUUCGCAACUUGGGUCUGCGCGAGGGAGACGUCCUCAAGGUGAUGCGAACUUUGGAUCAAAAAUUCGGCCGGACAAAAAAUGGCACUGAUAAAAUUAAUGGUGAAGGCGAUGGCGCGCCGGGUGGUCUCUUCUCUGGUCCAGGCGGUGCCCUGCGGAAUAAUACGAGAAAGGGCAGGCCGGCGCCCGCGAUUCAAACGAGUGACGUCGUUGAUCCCAAGGCAUUUACCGCGAAGGGCGUUGACUCCGCCGAGGACGUUGACACAAGGUCACCCGCGUCGGCCUCCGCAACUCCUGCGAUGGCCAAAACAACCAGUGGCUUUGAUGACGAUGCAUGGGAUGUAAAGCCGUCGAAGCAGCCCCAAGAGCCACCACGUCCUGCAGUUACAACCACACCCGCCCCUGUGCAACAACCGGCGCAGCCUGCAGGACAGCCAGCGCCGGCUGCACAAGUGCCAGCUCUCACCGGUUCUAUGCAGGAUUUGUCGCUUUUGACAAAACCUUUAGAACCGCAGCGGACAGCUCAGCCGUCCGGACCGAGCCCGGCUGUCAGCCAACCGCCGGCCCCGGCGCAAGCUCCCCAGCCCACGGGAGCUACACCAUCAUUCUUUGAUACGAUCCGGCCGAACCCUACCGGUAUGCAGACACCACAGCAAGCGAUGCAAAGGCAAAGACCUGCUCCACCGCAGACCACCACAAGUUCCGGCUCUCUGAUGCCUCCUCCACCCGCGAGGCCUCUGUCAGCGCCCCAGUCGGCCCAGUCGAGUGCAUUUGCGCCCCCGCCCUUAAUGCCUCAGAUGACUGGCAUGCCCCCUCAAGCAUUUCAGACGCAAGUCGCACCACCAGGCCAGAGCCUGAACGAUAUCAAUCAGGCGCGUUUGCAGCAACAGUAUGCCAUGCAGCAGCAGCAGAUACCUCAGCAGCAGAUAAACCCUUACCCGGUCCCCCAGCAACAACCGGUUCCUGGGGUCAUGGGCUUCAGCUCCGGCAUGCAGCAAACGAGUGGUCAGUUUAUGCAGCAAAUGCAGCCAAUGAUGACCGGUGUGCCUGUACAAAGUCCUUUCGCAGAUCCCCAGCGACAAAACCAGUUCCCUUCAAUGCAGGCACAGCCUACGGGCUUUCAAUUUGGUGCAGUGCAUGGCUUCAAUCCUCAGCGAACUGGUAGCGUCAACUCCUUCUUGCCUCCCGCCUUGGAGCCGCAAAGAACGGGCAUGCCGGGGUUCCAGCCUCAGCAAACCGGCAUGAGCGGCUUCAAUAACAUAAGUGGCUCUAUGCAGCCUGCGGUGCAGCCUUUGCGGCCGCAGAAGACAGGCCCUCCCCCUCCGGUCCGAUUCGGCGUCACGGGAGAUGCAAAGAAGUUGAUGCCGCAGGCGACGGGCCGGCGGGCCAAUCUCUCUCAAGCAACCCCUAAUAAUCCAUUCGGUUUCUGA